AUGGUGGAAGCUUUGUUGGCCUCGUUUCAGGAGCAGCUGGAAAGAGAGCACCGGCAGGUUGAAGAGAAGCACAAGGACAUCUGGCACCAGCUACAUCGUGUUCACAAGAGUGUGGUGGCGCGCCUGGAAGCCGAGAACGCGACUCUCCGUGCACAGCUUGAUGCAGCACGGCAGAGCUUCCACGCGCAAGUGGAAGAGGUCAAAGCAGAGCCUUCGUGCGACAGCAUCGUGUGCGACGAGAACCGGCCACCGUCCGGUGAGUUGACUCUGACCUUCGCGCCAGAUUCGGAAGCAUCAGAUGACUCCGACCUCGGCACUGUCUUCGCAGAUUGGAGCACUAUCCUCGGAAGUCCUGCAGUUCACUUGCGGCUCAUCGCCGAUGACCAGACUUCCACCAUGAUCGUCCAUAAGGCAGUGUUGCAGCGGUCGCCGUACUUCCAGGCACGUCUGGCAGAUCACUGGCACAAUGCCAAGGAGGAAAAGACAGGUCUUUUGCCGUUGCGGUUGCCUCCGGGCUGUCCCGUGGCCGCUGCCACCGUCGUGAUCCGAUACCUUUACACGGACGUGGAGGAGAAGUGUUCGCCUCAGAGCGCAGCGUGCUUCGCCAGGAGCGCCACCGCCGGCAGCCUGCGGCUUGGCCAGGCGUCUGUGGCCAUUGGCGCGGCACAGCUAAGCCAGAUGUUGCUUUUGGAGGACUUGGCAGAGGAGCUCUCACGCUUGGCUCAAUCGCUGCUGGUCUCAUCAGACGAGGCGGCUGCUCUCCAGGAGCGCUUUGUGGCCUUGCCCGAGCCACUGACAAAAGUUUGCGAGGCGGUGCAGCUGUCGCCAGCAGUCGAAUUGAGGACGGAGGAGUUGGCACUGAUGCUGCGCGGCUCUGCUCAAGCGCCGACCGCACGGCCCCAGGCGGCUGCGGUGCUCGCGGCUGCUGGCGAGGGUGGUGGUGGUCAGGCCUGCCGUGAAGCAGUCAUUUCGGCGUUGGAAGCCAUGCCGUUCAAAGUUCCCGCCGCCCCUGAAAAAGGUGUAGACAAAGUCCGCAUCAACCGCGGAGCUUUUGAAUGGCUGUGGGACUUGACCGAAGAUUAUGUUUUAGUCUCAGAGCCGUAUUCCGAGAGAACGGAAAGUGGGCAGACGACUUCUGCCACUUCAGCUGGCCGCUCUCUGCUGUCGUUUUUCACUGGGCUAGCGCGAGCCCAGGAGUUGCACAGCAGCUCACGCUGCUUCAACGAAGUUUUUGAUGAAACCUGCGAGCCGGUUCGGUUGGCUUUUGGAGCCUACCUGCAGCACCUGGCGAUAAUGCAGCACUGUGAUGAACUUAGCCAGGCCUUUCGCCUGGGCGCUGCGAAGGCGGUCAAGUCCCCUGCGGCUCAUCGAUCACAGACUUGCACGAUUCACUACCCCAACAUGCUUCACUUUGGACUGUGGCCAGCGUCGCAAAAGCUGUUGCCACGCCUGCUGCAGACGGCUCCUGCUGCAAGGGCCGUGGUGCUGGCGGGGCUUUUGGAGCUACCUUGCGAAGCCCUGGCCGAGUUGGUCACGGAUCGUCUCCUUGAGGCACUUGGACCUGAUGCUGCCGAUGUUUGCAGUACCCUGGCCAAGGAGCCGGCUGUCCUCGCCUCCUGGGCCACCCGCAACAGGUUGCUGGCGAUGCCUCUGCUCGCCCAACGCCGCCUUUGCGCCAGCCUCGCGCCGUCGCUGGGAACGUUGCAGCGCGACAUUGCCCAGGUGGUGGUUCAAGUCCUAGCAGGCAACCUCGUCACGGAGCGGGCGAAGCACCGGACCCCCGAUCGAAGGUCAGACCCCUCGGAGAGGCUCCUUUGGCUUCUCCUGGCUGUGAUCGUCUUGGUGGUGAUUGGCAUUGUCGGUCUCCUGAGAUACUUUGUCCAGUUGUCGACACAUCCUACCUUCUGA